AUGAAAAUUCCUAUAAUUUUCACUCUUUUUACAAUUUUAGCAUUAAUUCAUUCUCUACCAUUAACUGAAGAUGAACAGUUUGAACCUUCAAGAGAGCUGAAAAUAUGCAAUUAUGUUGAUGAUCAAUCGUUAAUCGGUGCUUUUACAUGUUUCUUUAAAAGAAGGGGUGGUGGCCAUACCAGUAGUGGAGCUCAUGUAGGUAGUGGUAGUCAUACUGGCCAUAGUGGUGGAUCUACUGUUAAAGGUGGUUCCAAUGACUCUUCUUCAUCAAGGAAAGGUGACACUGGAUCUUCUUCAAAUUCUAAUGGAAAGGGCAAUGAUAACGAUCCACCACCACCAUAUUCUCCAUCUGAUCCAAACCCACCACCAAGUUAUGCUAAUUCAAAUAACAAUAAUAACAACAAUAGAGGGAAUAAUAAUAUCGAUUCUUCCUCUAACCAAAACAAUCAACAACAUCCAAACCCAAAUGCAAAUGUUGGUUCCAAUAAUGGUGGAAUAUCUCCUGCUGUGGUAGCUGGUGGAGCCGCAGCAGCUGGUUAUAUUGCUGGAUCACAUUCAGGGCAUCAAAAUAGUAAUGGUACAAACUCUCUUAGCAACAGUUCAGUCUCCGCCUCUUCUUCUUCUUCUUCUUCUUCUUCUAAAAAUGGUGCAAUAAUUGGAUCUCCUCAAUAUUCUAAUAAAAACAUACUUGCUUUAGCUAUAACCAUAUCAAUCUUGGUCUAG